UCUUUUGCAGGUGGAGAACGAUGAGGGGCGAGAACGCCACCAAGGUCAGCACCUUCAUCCUGCUGGGCUUCCCCACGGCCCCCAGGCUGCAGUACCUGCUCUUCCUCCUCUUCCUGCUCACCUACCUCUUUGUCCUGGUGGAGAACCUGGCCAUCAUCCUCACCAUCUGGAGCAGCACCUCCCUCCACAGGCCCAUGUACUACUUUCUGGGUUCCUUGUCUUUCCUGGAGAUCUGGUAUGUGUCUGACAUCAUCCCCAAGAUGCUGGACGGCUUCCUCCUGCAGCGCAAGAACAUCUCCUUCGUGGGGUGCAUGACUCAGCUCUACUUCUUCAGCUCCCUGGUGUGCACCGAGUGUGUGCUCCUGGCCUCCAUGGCCUACGACCGCUACGUGGCCAUCUGCCACCCACUGCGCUACCAAGUCAUCAUGACCACAGGGCUGUGCAUCCAACUGGUGGCCUUCUCCUUUGCCAGCGGCUUCACCAUCUCUGUGAUCAAGGUCUACUUCAUCUCCAGCGCCACCUUCUGUGGCUCCAACAUCUUGAACCACUUCUUCUGUGACAUUUCGCCCAUCCUCAAGCUGGCCUGCACAGACUUCUCGACUGCAGAGCUGGUGGAUUUCAUCCUGGCCUUCCUCAUCCUGGUGUUCCCGCUCCUGGUCACCAUCCUCUCCUACGGGCACAUCGCGCUGGCCGUCCUGCGCAUCCCCUCGGCCACAGGCCGUUGGAGGGCCUUCUCCACCUGUGCCUCCCACCUCACUGUGGUCACCAUCUUCUACAUGGCCAUGAUCUUCAUGUACGUCCGUCCCCAGGCCAUCGACACCCGGAGCUCUAACAAGCUCAUCUCUGCAGUAUACACAGUCCUUACGCCCAUGAUAAACCCCUUGAUCUACUGCCUGAGGAACAAGGAAUUUAAGGGUGCCCUGAGAAAGGCUCUGAGCCUGGGUUAG